GAUACCCUGGGGCGCGGUUGUCGAUAAAUUGACAUGAUGGAAGAAAUAAAAGAAAAAAUGGCAGCGACAGGCUGUACUUUUGGCCGGCUGUGCAUGUUCAUUCCCACCCACCACCGUCUUUUUCGCUGAUGCCUGGCUUUUCGCUGCCGUGGUCGCGCGACGUCGAGGAUGUCACUGAAUCGUUGCCUUGGGAGAGGGACGUACCGACACCGCGCUCGACAGUCGGUUUUUUCUACCCACCACCUAAUACAUCUGCCAUCCCACCUUUACCGACAGAUAUACCCAACAAUACUACAAUAUCUUCUCAUGAUAACGUCCCUACCGACGCCCACGCUCUUUCACUUCCCCGUAAUUCGACUCUUCAAGUGCAUGAAAAGGCUGCGCAGGAUACCCUCCCCUGUCUGCCACCAACGACCGUUUUCCAGACAUUCAUUCUCCUUUUAUUCUUCUUGCCGUUUCCGCCGCUGUUUUCCAUCAUAUAUGCGGCCCUAGGGUGGGCUAUUCUCCGUGGGCAUGUCCCAGUCAGAUCAUUCGCAGAGGCAGGAGCGACUGGGGGCAUCAUACUGGCACUACCACUAGCACUCGCAGUUUGGAUACUGCUGGCUCCAGAGAAGCAGUCCCAUAGAGAGGACUUUUUUGACGACGAUGAGCCUCAGACGUGGUGGACUCGCUGGGGCAAGUUUGUGCCGUGCGGGUUUAUGCUGGUCUUCGUCGGCGUCGCUGCCUGCCCGUUGGGCGCCGUUUGCAUUACGCAACAGGAUAGCAGAAAUUUGGAAGCAGGGAAAGCAGCAUUGGCGGCAUUGAUUGGUGGGGUCGUUUUCUGUGGUGGUUUGGUGGUCAUCUUCGCAUUGGGGCUUUUGUUGUAUUCGCAAUACGUGAGGAGGAGGAAGUGAUUGCAACCAAUUUUUUAUUGUUGUAAUCUAUUCGUACAUAUUUAGAGGGAUUUGUACUAUUCGCUGUUGUUGUAUCGUGGACACUGCUAUCUGCUUUGCAUUGAUUUCUUGAAACGUGAACUAUAUCCCGGCAUCUGUUUGAAGCGCCCGGGACCCUUACCAAACAGUUUCAAAACGAUGGGAUGCUGCGCCAGCUAUACUCAGACGCGAAAGGUCGCAAAAAGGACUUGCCGCCAAGGAAUAUGGUUGCAUCGACAUUGAGUCCGGCACG